CUCACCGGCGGCCGGCGCGCGCAGCACAAGUUCGUCGACCGAUCCGUCGGGCUGGCCCAAGCUUCGUCGACGUACGCUACGUGUACUCGCGCCAUGGACGCCGCCGCGCUGGGUGGCCUUGAUGAUCUCGACUUCGACUUGGGUUCUCUGGAUGGGUUCGAGUGCUUCAACUUCGACCUGCCGGACUACCUCACCAAGUUCUGCGCCGGGGACGGCGACGGCGAGUGCUUACUGCCCGACGUAGCCGAUAAGGAGGGCGAUUCGGGUGUGGAUUUGGGUUCUCGUGACGGUGACUGUGGCGGCGACGUAGGGAGGGAGAGCUCGCCGGACUCCGUGCUGACGGAUGACGGCGCGCCGCCGUCUGAGUCGUUGGUGGAUCGCGAGGACGGCGAGAUGUGGGCCUACAUGCGCGAUCUGGAGAGGUUUCUCUUGGAGGAUGACGGCGAGGCCGGAGGGCUGUUCGCGGAGAAGGAUCUUGCCCCCGACAACCACUUCUUCAACAACCUGGUUGUUCCUUACGUCGAGCCGUCGACUGCACCCGAGGAGUUUGCGGACGGCGAUCACUUCUUCGGCGAUCUCGACGACUGUUACGCCGAGCCGGCGACUCCAGGGAAGGAUCUCAUCGCCGGCAACUACUUCUUCAGCGAUCUCGUUUACAUCGAGCCGUCGACUGCAGGGGAGGAUCCCGUUUCCAACGGCUACUUCUACGAUGCUGCUGUUGUGGACGACGGCUGCGUCGAGCCGGCGGCCAACGCCAGCGUGGAGGAUGCUGCAUCGGCGACGGAAGAGGAGGAUGCUGCUACCGGCGAGUACUACGACGACGACGACGACGACGAAGCGUCCUCGAGGAAGCGGGCAAGGCAGAGAAAGGGCACCGCCGCGGUGCCACGCGAAGCAGAGCUCCGGGCAACGCCAAUGAUGCAUGCCAUCUCGUUGAUCGGGUGCCGGCGCCUUGGCCACCACCGGUUGCCUCCCUGCGCCACAGUGUGCAUCUCGGCCUGAUUGAUCGAUCCGCCUGCAGUUCCGAUCAGUUUGGGGAGAAAAAAUAGCUCUCGCCGCACGCACGGGGCCUGCCACAGGUAUUCAAACCGGUAGGUGAAAAUUUUAGAGGAAUAUGGCAUUUCCUGUGUGUUUUUUAAUGAUUUUUUACCUCUGCCUGCUGAGGUCCAAGUCCGAUGCAUGGCCGAACCGAGGGCUGUACCACAUUCCAUGCACAAGAAAAUAAAAAGGCAAACAAGUUUUCACGAGGAAAAACUCGUUACUAUCGUUUGUGUUUUCUAUUCGUCCUGAUGGUAAUGGUAAGAUGCAUGACAGAAAUGGAACAAACAAACGCGUUAUUAUGAUAGCGAUAACACCGAAUUUUGCCAAUUCGGCAGUUCGAUCUAUGAUUUCACAUUCAUGGACGUUGAUAAGAUCCUCCCAUUUAGUAGCACUUUAGGAUGACAUAGCCUUAACGUUAAUAGCGAGGUUCAAAAGUGAAAAGGCUUGCGGUGGAUACCUAGGCACCCGGAGACGAGGAAGGGCGUAGCGAGCGACGAAAUGCUUUGGAGAGUUGAAAAUAAGCAUAGAUCCGGAGAUUCUCAAAUGGGUCAACCUUUUAA